GUCACGUGAAAAUCGUGCAUCACCUGACCUUCUGUGAUCGGAAGCUGACGAUGAAUUGGCGCAUUUGUUUGCGCUAUACAAUUUAUAAAAGCAUUGGCAUUUCUGUCGGUUAUUUUAAGACACGUUUUUGAAUGUUUAAAAAAAAUGAAUGGGACGAACUAUAUUAGGCCCUUAAGUCUGCUUUCUUGGGAAGUUAUCUAGCUAGUUCUAGCUAGCUAGUUGGCUCGUGCUGUUGCCUUUGAGUUGACGACUGUUAUGGUAUACUUCGAUUUGUAGUUUUAGCUAUUUGUGUCGGCUUGUGUCUUUAUCAGACAAACUUAGAAGUGGUGUUAUGGCUUCUAUACUUGAUGAGUAUGAGGACUCUCAAAAUGUCAGGCAUCCAGUGCAACAACACAGCCGUCUGUCAGCUGCCAACAUCGGGAUACCUCACUCGGGUUUCGUGAAUGUGAGACUGGAGGAAGAGAAGCCCAUCUUCAACAAGCAGAGGAUCGAUUUCACACCUCCUGAGAAGAUCAACCACUUUGCGGUGUGCAACAAUCAGCUAUGCAUGAGCUUAGGGAAAGACACUCUUCUCAGGAUAGAUCUUGGGAAACCAGAUCAACCCAAUCAGAUUGAGCUGGGGAGGAAAGAUGACAGUCGAGUGCACAGACUCUUUCUUGACCCCACAGGGUCCCACCUGGUGAUCUGCCUGAGCACCAGCGAGUGUCUGUACCUGAACAGAAACACCCAGAAGGUGCGCAGCCUGUCUCGCUGGCGAGGCCACCUGAUCGAGAGCGUGGGCUGGAACAAACUCCUGGGCACCGAGACCAACACCGGGCCUGUCCUAGCGGGCACCAGCCAGGGCAUCAUCUUUGAGGCAGAGAUCUCUGCCUCCGAGGGCAGUUUGUUCAACACCAACCCGGACCAGUACUUCAGACAGGUGCACUCUCUGGAGGAGGAUGGAAAGCCAGCACCAGUCUGUUGCCUGGAGGUGGAGAGGGGGCUGGAGAACAAGUAUUUCAUCAUCGCCACCACCCGGAAACGUCUCUUCCAGUUUGUGGGCCGGGUGGCGGAGGGUUCAGAGCAGCAGGGAUUCAGCUCCAUCUUCACCCAGAACCAGGACCUCCUACCCAGCUUCCAGGAGUUCCCUUUCAACAUGGGCUAUAGUGAGAUCACCUUCUACACCUCCAAGCUGCGCUCCAAGCCCAAGGCCUUUGCAUGGAUGAUGGGUAAUGGAGUUUUCUAUGGGCAGCUGGACUACGUGAGACCCGACUCUCUUUUCAGCGAUGUGCAGGUGUGGGAGUACACUCCAGACAUAGACUUCAGCUUCAACAAGCCCAUCUCCAUCGUCCUGACCCAGUUCCACUUCCUGCUUCUCCUCCCCGACCGCGUCAAGGCCAUCUGCACCCUGAACGGACAGGCGGUGCACGAAGACGUGUUCCCGGAUAAAUUUGGCACCCUGAAGAAGAUGAUCAAGGACCCAUCCGGAGGCCUGGUCUGGAUCUACACAGAGAAGGCUGUGUUCCGCUACCACAUCCAGAAGGAGGCCAGGGACGUGUGGCAGAUGUACAUGAGCACCAACAAGUUUGACCUGGCCAAGGAGUACUGCAGGGACAGGCCCGAGUGCAUGGACAUGGUGCUGGCCAAGGAGGCUGAGCACUGCUUCCAGAACAAGCGCUACCUGGAGAGUGCCAAGUGCUACGCGCUGACUCAGAACUAUUUCGAGGAGAUCGCGCUCAAGUUCAUCGAGGCCAAGCAGGAAGAGGCCCUCAAGGAGUUCCUUUUGAAGAAGCUGAACAACCUCAAACAGAGCGAGAGGACCCAGAUCACGCUGCUGGUCACCUGGCUGACCGAGCUCUACCUCAACAGCCUGGGUCUGUUGGAAGCCGACGGAAAGAACGGCCUCUUCCAGGAGACUCAGGAUGAGUUCCGGCGCUUUCUUAGCAGCUCCAAGCACAAGGAGUGUCUCUAUAACAACCGCACCACCAUCUACGACCUGCUGGCCAGCCACGGCAACGUGGACGACAUGGUGUAUUUCUCCGUCAUCAUGCAGGAUUACGAGAGGGUGAUUUCGCACCACUGCCAGCACGACAACUACAGCGCUGCCCUGGACGUCCUCUCCAAGCACUGCGACGAGAAGCUUUUCUAUAAGUUCUCCCCUGUCCUCAUGCAGCACAUCCCCAAAAAGGUGGUGGAUGCGUGGAUACAGAUGGGGAACCGCCUGGAACCCAAGAGACUGAUCCCAGCCCUGGUGAACUACAGCCAGAUGGGCAGCACCCAGCAGAUCAACGAGACCAUCCGCUACAUGGAGUUCUGUGUGUACCAGCUGACUGUGACGGAGGAGGCCAUCCACAACUACCUCCUCUCUCUGUAUGCCAAGUACAAGCCCGACUCCCUGCUGUGGUACCUGGAGCAAGCUGGCACGCACGCCUCGGACAUCCACUACGACCUGAAGUACGCCCUCAGGUUGUGCUCGGAGCACGGCUACAGUCAGGCCUGCGUGCUCGUGUACAAGAUCAUGGAGCUCUAUGAGGAGGCUGUGGACCUGGCUUUACAAGUGGACGUGGACCUGGCCAAGUCGUGUGCGGACCUGCCCGAGGAUGACGAGGAGCUGAGGAAGAAGCUGUGGCUGAAGAUCGCUCGUCACGUCGUGCAGGAGGAGAAGGACGUGAAGAAGGCCAUGAACUGCCUGUCAAGCUGCAACCUGCUCAAGAUCGAGGACAUCUUGCCUUUCUUCCCGGACUUUGUCACAAUCGAUCACUUCAAGGAGGCCAUCUGCAGCUCUCUGGAGGAGUACAACCAGCACAUUGAUGAGCUGAAGCAGGAGAUGGAGGAGGCGACGGAGAGCGCCAAGCGUAUUCGCGAGGACAUCCAGGAGAUGAGGAACAAGUACGGCGUGGUGGAGUCACAGGAGAAGUGUGCUGCCUGCGACUUCCCCCUGCUCAACCGGCCCUUCUACCUGUUCCUGUGUGGACACAUGUUCCACUACGACUGCCUCUUUCAGGAGGUUAUCCCUCACCUGUCGGCCUACAAGCACGGCCGUCUAGAGGAGCUGCAGAAGAAGCUGGCUGCUGCCACCCAGACCUCCAAGUCCCGCCACAGACUCGCCCCGAAGGAGGAGGGCGACUCGGCCAGCCUGGGGAAGCCCAGUGCAAACGUCAGCCGAGAGCAGAUCAAGUCGGACAUCGAUGACAUCAUCGCUUGCGAGUGCGCGUACUGUGGAGAGCUCAUGAUCAAGUCCAUUGACAAGCCGUUCAUCGACCCUCUGAAGUUUGAGGAGGAGAGGAGCAGCUGGCUUUGAAUGGAAGUGUUCAGUGGUUUCUGGGUGGCCUCUCUCAUUUAUCCAUCUUGCCAGGUCUUAAAAUGGCAUGCGUUUAUGUAAUUUCAACAGAAAAUGUUGGUAUAUAUAAAAGAGCUUGAACUUGCAGAUUGGAGGCCUUGCCAAAAAACGCUGAGAAAACCAAUGCAAACUGAGCAGUUUGCAUUGGCGGUACUGUUGGGCAGGGGGUCAACUCUUACUGUUGAUGGGAUAUUGAAUUACACGAGAGUUGAAGUAGGUUAUUUGCUUAUGCUGCAGAUUGGAAAAUGGCCGCAAUCUCUUUUGUUGACUCGUAUUCCAAAUGUUAACCCAGAUGUUUAAGGCCAUGUAGGCCAAUUCACUUACAUGUUUCUGUGCUGCACUCGCUCUACUUGCAAUCUGAAAAUGCUGCAUCUUCUUUUUUUAUCCCUAAUGCUCUCAUUUAUUAAAAUUAGUAGAUGGGCUUCAAAUGUUUUGAAUUAAAUUGAAUACAUGAUAAUAUUUCCUGCUAAUUGUUUUUCUGUUUUCAAAUCAGGUCAAUGUCAACAUGGUUGUCUUGUACAUAUACUAACUUAAAUAAAAAAUAAUCUCAAACUUG